GCCAUUGACCAGCCCUUGACCAGCCCACCACUACUAGCCCCGAGAGUUUCGGACCCGAAGAUGAACCCGUUGACAUUGCGGAGGCGACUGCGGCACCUUACCCGCACCGCCGCGCAGGACAGGCUUGUCACCGCCCUCCGCCUUUCCUGGCUAGUGCUUGUGUUCUGGUCGGAAAUUGGCUCCUUAUUUUGGCGACUCUCGUCGUGCUCAUGGCCGGAUUCCAGCCUCAACUCGUCCAAGAAGGGAGGGAAGAAAUGGGAGAAAGGGGAGGACAAGACGGAGAAGGAUAUGAAGAAGGGCGGGGUUACUCAUGUCUUGCUUGUUGCGGACCCGCAGCUGCGCCAUCCAGUGAUAUACGGGAACUCGCUGUCGUGGCGGCAGACGUUCUGGGAAUGGAUGCGCACCGUCAGCCUGAGGCGGAGGUGGAAGGCGGCGUUGGGAAUGAAGAAGCCGGAUAGAGUUAUCAUCAUGGGUGACAUGAUGUUGGGGAGAGAGAUCAUGACGGACGAAGAAUACGAUCAGUAUUUCCAAACGUUCCUCGUCACUUUCCCCUCGAAGUCCAUCCCGGUACACUACAUACCCGGAAACGACGAUCUCGGCCUCGGGCCCUCCCCCACGUUCUCGAAGCACGCCCGCCGGCUCUAUACGUCCCACUUCGGCCCUCCGAACCAAGCCCUGUCCGUUGCGAACCACACGCUCGUUCUCCUCGACGCGCCAGGCUUAGUCGAGGAGGACUACCGGCGCGUCGCCGCUAAGAAGGGAUUCGACGAAUGGGUGUCAUUCCCCGGCGGUGCGCUCGACCUCAUCCAGACUGUCGCGGAGCGGGAAGAAGACGGAGAUGUGACGAGGCCGGAGGAGCCCGUGAUACUGUUCUCGCAUAUCCCAUUGCAUCGACCUGAGUCUGCCUCAUGCGGUCCGCUGCGCGAACGCGGCCGGAUUCGUAAAGGCGUUGGAUAUGGAUAUCAAAACACUCUCGGCAAGCAAACGACGCAGUGGAUACUGAAUGUCCUCAAGCCUGCCAUGAUCUUCAGUGCUGACGAUCGCGACUACUGCGACUACACGCACGUCUCGCCUUCCGCCCCCUCCUCCCCCCGCGUACGCGAAGUCACCGUCAAGUCCUUUUCUUCCGUCCGGCACAUCCGCCACCCGGGCAUCCACCUCCUCUCGCUCUCCCCGCCGUCUACCUCCGCUCAUCUCUCGCCCACCUUCGCCGAUGCGCCCUGCUUCCUCCCCGACGACUUGCGCAAUAUCCGCGGGACCUACACCCCGCUCGCGCUUCUCACCUUCUUUGUGCUCCUCAUUGCCCACAUUUACCGCCUCAGCUCGAAGGGCAGGGGAAAGCCGAAGUUGCGCUUGGAUUCGGCACUCUCGACGGGCAACGGGCAGGCGAGGAGCGGCGGCCCGGUGAUGCUCAGCGCUCGCAUGCCUGAGUCGGCAGUGUGGUCCCCCAUCUCGCCCGCGCUCAACAGCGUCAGCAUGAACGGAAGACCACCACGCAGUCCGCUCCCGAGACCAAUCGGCGUCGGUGCCGGCGUACGGACGCCUAGCAUAGGAGGGGAGGGAUUGAGCACGCCAACGCUGCGCGCGGCAUCCGUGCCCGGCACACCACUUGCAAGCUCGAGAUUCAACGCAUCGCGGGCGCCGUACGAUGUCGAGGACGACGAGGAAGACCACGAUCCGAUGUCACCCGCCCAGUUUGCCUACCGGCGCGAUCAGCACGAGAUGAACGGAUACGGCGCGCCGCACCACGUGCCGGACGACGACGACGAAGAUGACGAGUACGUCGACGAGGAAAAGGACGCGGGCGCCGGCUCUUAUUUCCUCCCCGCGCCCGGCUCGAGGGCGGCCCAGAACGCGAACCGGCGGUGGGCUUACACGUUCGAGUUCCGCGGCAGGCGGCGAAGGAUCGCAUUGCCCGGUUGGCUGGUUGCUUUCCUCGGCGAUGAUGCCGCGGAUGGGUUGAGCGCGGGCUCAAGGCGUAGGAGAGCGAUGCGUAUACUCGGGGUGGUCAUGAGGAGGACCGCUGGUGUGCUCUGGCCCGCAGGACUGCUAUGGAUUAUCCUGUUGUGGUGGACUUCCUAGGGCGUUCGUAUCCAUGGAUUUGUGGGAUGUGAUGUGUUGUUCUUCAUGUGAGGCAACACAGUUCCCAACGCCGGCGACGCACUUACUUGGCCUAAGCACCUUCUUUACGCGAGGAGGGCAAGUAUGCAGCUCUUGGACGAGCAGGCCAUGCAUAUGUGGUGAAGGCCAAUUUCUGAGCAUUCUUUUUUUCGAUACAUGUAGUUAUCAUAACGACGUCGUAUGGUCGCAAGAUAUAGCCGUU